AUGCACGCAUUUACCGCCCGGCGGAACGCAGUAGCAGCGAAGUUGCAGCGCGUUAAAAAUCUGUUGGAUCAGGCGCCAAAUAACAGUGUUUAUCACCUGGAGACAUAUUUGCGACGUGUGGAUUCCUGCUACGACGAAUACAACGUAAUACAGAAUGAAGUGUAUGCGGAGUUUCCUGAUCAACGACUACAGCAAGAGCAGUCUUUCAUCGAUUUUGAAAUUAGUUACGAAGAUCUGCGAGUUGAACUUUGUCAAGCAAUCGAUGGCCUCCGAAGAAAUGACGAUCCAGCUAAGCUUGUAGUAGCAGAAGCUAAUCAACAGCCAACCGUUCUCAACCAUGUACCAGGAUUGCCAAACGUUCCCUUGCCAAUAUUCGAUGGAGCGUAUGAAAAGUGGUUCCGAUUCAAACAGCUGUUUGUGGAUCUCAUGCAAAAACAUCCUCAUCUUUCGGAUGCAUCAAGGCUACAUUACCUGCAGCAGUGCCUGAAAGGGAAGGCUGAGAGCGUACUGAGUGACCAGAUCAUCAACGAGAACAAUUUUCAGAUCGCUUGGGAUGUCCUCGAAGAACGUUUCGAAAACGAAAGAACUAUCGUCGAUGUGCAUGUUGGAGGACUGCUGAAUCUGCGAAAGAUGUCAAGAGAAACUUCUGUCGAAUUGCGGCAAUUGGUCGACGAUUGUAGCCGACAUGUAGAAGCGCUGAAUUUUCAUGCACUUCCUAUGCAAGGAAUGUCAGAACAACUGGUCAUUUCUCUGCUGACAUCUAAACUGGACAACGCCACUGUAGCUCUAUGGGAAACUAGUGUAAAACCGAGGGAGCUACCCAAGUAUAAAGAAACCCUUGAGUUCCUGCGAAAUCGUUGCUUUGUUCUCGAGCGCUGUGAAGCUAAAACAAAAACAAGAAUAGAAUCAGGCAAGACGAAGCUAUUUGCACCUGUACCAAGACCACUGCAAAGAGUACAUGCGGUGCAGCAAGCAAGUGAAGAAAUAUGCUCCAUAUGUGACGGCGUCCACAAUGUAAACAAAUGUGACGGACUAAAACGGAUGUCGAUUUCCGAUAGGAUGGCGAGGGUUAAGGAACGGCAUUUAUGUUUCAACUGUCUGAAACGUGGGCAUCGAGUUGGUCAAUGUAAAUCUCGAGCCUGCACAGUCAGCGGUUGUGGAAAAAGGCACCAUACCCUGCUACAUUUUGAGGAGUUUUCUUCGGUGCAACAAAUGCCUAACCUAACUGCGAGUGAACAAGACGAAUCUGUUCCAUCUGGGUGUUCUGUUGCUUCGAGUCCAACUGCCAGCGUUAGCACCGUGAUGUCGUCGCAACAAGUGUUUGGAAAACAAGUGUUAUUAUCAACAGCGAUUGUAGAAGUGCAAGAUUACAAGGGAUCAUAUCAUCUGUGUCGCGUCUUAUUGGACUCGGGAUCUCAAUCCAGUUUCCUAUCUGAAGGAUUGGUUCGCCAGCUGCAGUUGCAAGGAAAACAAGUCCAUGCUCCGAUAAUCGGAAUCAGCGGAGAAAAACGUGUCGUGACGAAUCAAGUUUCAGCACGAGUGAAAUCAACGCAGCAAAAAGCAUCGUGGACUCUCGAUUUCCUAGUUGUUCCACAAGUAACCGGUUGCCUACCAGCUCGUAAGCUGAAUAUUUCGAAGUGGAACUUUCCUCCAGAUGCGAGCCUAGCGGACCCCAGAUUCAACCUUCCUGCAAGGGUGGACAUGCUCAUCGGAGCUGAGCUGUUUUUUGAGCUGCGCUGCUUUGAGCUUUGA